UUUCAGUCAAUAUCGACAUUAAAAAAUUCGCUAACGAUGCUCGGAAUUAUCAGUUUUUCCCUACUUUUUAUCAGUUUUCAAGCUGUAACGUCCCAAAUACCUGAGCAUUGCAGGAGACCCCCUCCUGGAGUGACACCUUCUGAUUGCUGCAAAAUACCAAACGUUUUUACAAAGGAGGACCUUGAAGAAUGUGGCGUUGAAGACCGUGAAACCAAAAAAUCUCGAGGACCUCAAGAUUGUUCGAAACACGUGUGUCUUUUGAAGAGGUACAACCUUAUGAAGGAUGAUGAAACUGUUGACAGAGCAGCUAUAGGCGAUUUCCUUGAUAAAUAUCGUACCGAGCAUAUCCAGUUCGAAGACGCUAUAGCCAAAGCGAAAAAAAAGUGCCUAGAAGGAGAUCUGCCUGGACCACCUCAUAUAUGUGAACCAACCAAGCUAGGCUUAUGCAUUAUGGUCGUAACCUUCCAAGAAUGUCCGGUCAUGGAGGAUUCCGAAAACUGUAAGAAACUUAAGGAUCACAUGGAUGAGUGCAAACAGUACUACCAAUCUUAGAUAUCUCAUACAUGACAAGAUAAUCACACAUAAAUAUGAUUUAUGAUUAUAUUUAUGCCAUUUUCAUUAUAAGAACAAUGAUUGAACAUUCAAUUUAACAAAAGAUGUACAACAAAAGAUGUACGAUAAUGUAAUAG